AAUGAAGAGCUUCCUCGGACGUGGAGUACCGGGCAUAUCCCACUGAGCCCUGUGAGCGACCUCUCCUCUCACUACAUUGGAAUAUACGGCGUGCCUAUAUGCGCAAAGCCAUGGAGAUUAUAUGACGUGGAUGUAUUCUUGAACAGAACUGGACAUAUACAAAGGGCGAGGUUGCCUCUUCAUUUUUUUUUCUUUUGAAUUGCCGUUCUUUCGUUGCAGGUUGCGGAUACUUUAUGAUCUCAUGUCCUUAGCGAGCCUUCCUUAUUUUUACAUUUAUUUAUUUUUUUACACUUUAUUUUUUUCGGUCUGUUUCGGAGACGCAGAAGUGGGAAUGCCUCGCACAGAACAUUUGCGGGGAGAAGAUUCCGCGCAGCGUCGAUGCUGAAUGAAUGAUUGUCUCCCUCUCCAUCUGAGACGUGCCAUGGAUGGGAAACUUAAUUUGUAUCCACGGAACCGGUCGGGGAAUAGCCGUCGCAUUAAAUAACUACUGCUGACAGCGAUCAGGACGAAUGUCAUAGGAUGAACACUGCUGGCGGGGUGUGUCUGUCUGUGCUGUCCUCCCUCCUGGCCCUGGCCGGGGCUCUGGCCGCCUGGUCUGCCGUCGCUCUCGCCCCCCUCUCUGCCCUGGCGGCGUCCGCCUAUGGGGCUGCCCACGGGGUCCCCGAGGUCGCCGGGGUGACGGCGUCCCCCUCGCCCGUCGCCUCGCAGUGCUCCAGCCUCGUGGCCGGGGUGCUCUACGGCUCCUUCUCCCUCAGGGAGCUGUUUCCCUCCAGGGCGGCGGGCUGCUCGUGGUCCCUGGAAAACCCCGACCCCACCAAGUACUCCCUCUACCUCCGCUUCACCCGCCAGCCCGUCGUCUGCCGGACGCACUCCCCCAUGCUGCUCUCCCUCGACCACCACCUGGCCAAUCAAAGCUGCCCGCUUCACUUGCACACAGCGGCUCCAAAGGGCCGGGAGGUCAUUGAUCUAUGUGGCAGCCAGUCCAACUCCGAGGGGCCGUACUCCUUCCUACAGUUCGAUAAGAACUUUGUCCAGAUAUGUUUGACGAGGCACCCGGCGGAGGGUGCGCCUGGCGUCUCUAAGGAGCUGCUGGAGCUGAGGCUGGUGGAGGUGUUGCUCAUCAACAACGAGAACUCCAGCCAGUUCACCUGCGGCGUGCUCUGCCGGUGGUUCGAGGAGUGUCUGCGCAGCGGCCACGGCGGAGACCGGGGGCUUUCGGACGCCGACGGCUGUGCGAUGACCCAGACGGGAUGUAUCUGUCCGAACCACAACAUCAUGGCGCCACCUUCUCCGUCGCUCCCGGAGACGCCCCGGGGCUCCGGCAACGCUUCGUCGGCGCCCGACGGCUGCUGCGUCACCGAGCAGCGCUCCGCCGACGCCAUCGCCAUAGCGCCCAGAGAUGUUCGACAAGACCCAUAUGAUGACGAUGAUCUGAAGGUGAAGACCCAGAGGCCACGAUCAGCUGACCAGCCAGGUGUGUUUCAGGCACAAACCGGUGACCCCGCGGCAGAGGAGUGGUCCCAGUGGAGUGUGUGUUCGCUCACAUGUGGGCAAGGCUGGCAAGUGAGGACGCGAUCAUGCGUCUCCUCUCCUUAUGGGACACUCUGCAGCGGAGCCUUGCGGGAAACUCGCAUGUGCAACAACACCGCUACCUGUCCGGGUGAACCAGGGAGCACAGGCUCAGUGCAUGGGCUGUGGGAGGAGUGGUCGUUAUGGAGUCUGUGCUCUGUGACCUGUGGGCGGGGCUCCAGGACGCGAACCAGGAAGUGUGUAAAGGAAGGCGUUGCAGUGGCUUGUGGACGGCCCGAGAUUCAGACCAAACUCUGCAACAUAGCAGUGUGUCCUGUGGAGGGCCAGUGGUUGGAGUGGGGGCUUUGGUCGAGGUGCAGCGUGACUUGUAACACGGGAAGCGAGCAGAGGCAGAGGCGCUGCAGUGCGUCGGUGCACGGCUGGGCCGAAUGUAAGGGCCCCCACCAGGAGAGCAGGGAAUGCACCAACCCUUCCUGCAGUGGUGGAGGUAACUGGGGAAACUGGAACCACUGGAGUCUCUGCAGCAAGACAUGCGACUCCGGUUCCCAGCGUCGCUUCAGGAUGUGUGAAGGCACCGGACUGCAGGGCUCCCCGUGCGAAGGCUCGGGAGAGGAGGUCCGGUCCUGUAAUGAGAAGAAGUGCCCUGCUCCUCAUGAGAUAUGUAAAGAAGAGCAGCUUCUCUCUAUGUCAUGGAAGAGAGCCUCAGCUGGAGAAACCGUCUACAACAAGUGUCCAACCAACACUACCGGAUCUGCUAGUCGUCGUUGCAUGCUGGACAAUAAUGGAGUUGCUUUCUGGGGUCCUCCGAGCUUCGCCAGAUGCGUCUCAUUUGAAUAUAGACAUUUACAUGUAUCUUUACGAGAGCAUCUCGCGAAGGGUCAGAGGACCCUGGCCGGGGAGGGGAUGUCUCAGAUCGUUAGGAGUCUCCUGGAGCUCUUGCAGAGGAGGAGCUACUACAGUGGUGACCUUCUCUUUUCCACGGAGAUCCUGCGAAAUGUGACGGACACCUUCAAAAGAGCAACCUACAUCCCAGCUACCGACGACGUGCAGAAAUUCUUCCAGGUUUUAAGCCUGAUGUUGGACAUGGAAAAUCUUGAGAAAUGGGAAGACGCCCACCAGGUCACUCCCGGUGCUGCUUUGCUGAUGAGGAUAAUAGAAGAUUUCAUCCACCUCAUCGGAGAAGCCCAGAAGCCUUUCCAGAGUUUCCUGGUGGUCACCAGCAACCUCAUGAUUACCGUCCAGCGAGAGCCGGUGUCAGCAGUUUCCAGUGAUAUCAAUUUCCCCAUGAAGGGCCGCAGAGGUAUGAAGGACUGGGCCAGAACAGCAGAGGACAAGCUCUACAUCCCAAAAGAGGUCUUUGUCAUCCCAGCUGAAGAGCGCACGGAGACGGAGGGGGAGGCGGAGCCAGAGCCUCCAAUGUACUAUGUCAUCGGAGCCAUCUUGUACAGGACGUUGGGCGCCAUCUUACCAGCACCUAACCUCCCUGCAGUGAUCAACUCCAAGAUCCUAACAGUGACGAUACGUCCAGAACUGCAACCCAGCAAGCCCGUGGUGGUGGUGGAGCUGUCACCCCUUUUUAAUGGUACAUCAGAUCCACAGUGCGUUGUCUGGGACUAUGGCAACCCGGAAGCUGGCGCAGAAAACUGGGGCACAGAAGGCUGCCAAACGCUCGCGUCAACCACCGUCCACACCAAAUGCCUCUGCAGCAGGAUUUCCACCUACGCCGUGUUAGCGCAGCAAGCUAAAGACCCGGACAUGGGUCCUACCAGCAUGCCCUCUCUGCCCCUCAUGGUGGGCUGUGGCGUUUCCUGCACCGCUCUUCUCAUCCUGCUGCUAAUCUACGCUGCCUUCUGGAGGUACAUCCGUUCGGAGAGAUCCAUAAUCUUGGUGAAUUUUUGCCUCUCCAUUUUGGCCUCCAAUUUAUUGAUUUUGGUAGGACAAUCUCAAACCCUUAGCAAGGGUCUUUGUACUGUGACUGCCGCGUUCCUGCAUUUCUUCUUCUUGGCCUCCUUCUGCUGGGUGCUGACGGAGGCGUGGCAGUCCUAUCUCGCUGUCAUUGGCAAAAUGAGGUCACGACUCAUUCGCAAGCGUUUUCUGUGCCUCGGCUGGGGUCUUCCAGCUCUCGUCGUGGCCGUGUCGGUGGGGUUCACCAGAGCGAGAGGAUACGGCACAGCGAGCUAUUGCUGGUUGUCCUUGGAGGGAGGUCUGCUUUAUGCCUUCGUUGGGCCAGCUGCGGUCAUUGUGCUGGUUAAUAUGCUCAUUGGAAUCGUGGUGUUUAAUAAGCUCAUGUCAAGAGACGGCAUUUCAGACAAGUCUAAAAAGCAACGAGCUGGUGUCCCAGCGGAGGCGCGUAGCCGACUGCUCCUGAAAUGCUCCAAGUGUGGCGUGAUCUCGAGCACCGCUUUGUCCAGCUCGACUGCCAGCAGCGCCAUGGCGUCUCUGUGGAGCUCCUGCGUGGUUCUCCCCCUGUUGGCAUUGACCUGGAUGUCGGCAGUGCUGGCCAUAACGGACCGGCGCUCCACACUCUUCCAGGUCCUCUUUGCCGUCUUUGACUCUGUCCAAGGAUUUGUCAUCAUCACUGUCCACUGUGCAAUGCGUCGAGAGGUGCAGGAUGCGGUGCGCUGUAGGAUGGGGGGAUGUAAAGACGACAGCGAAAACUCGCCAGAUUCCUGCAAGAACGGACAGGUGCAGAUCAUGAAGUGUCCAAAUGUCAGCUACUGUGGGAAUCAGUGUGGCUCCCCGCGCUGUGGCACCUCCCCGUGCCCGUCGGGCUGCCACUCGCAGCAGUUCCCACCGACGGCCCAGCAGGCAUGCCAGCAGGCCUGUUACCACAGUCUUCCUCGCGGCUACAACCACGGGCUAGAGCACGGCCAUGCACACGAGCAAAAUUACAGCCUGAACAAUACCCACAACCAUCCUCAUAACCAUAACCACGCCCUCAACCACAUCGGCAGCCAACCAACGGACUUUGAAAAGGAUGUGGAUUUGGCGUGUCAGACAGAGAGAGGACACCCAUUCAUAUUCAAAGAGGUGAACACCUGUAACCCGGCCACCAUCACGGGAACCCUUUCCCGCAUCUCCCUGGAUGAUGAGGACGAUCCCAAGCUGGCAGCCCAUCAGGAGGGGGGCGUUGGAGUCAACUUUAGCUCCCUCCCCGGUAACAUCCCCCCUCCCAACCUCAUCGUACAGGUCCCAACCCUCGGGGGCCUCAAUGAGCUGAGCGACACGCCCCUCAAGAAGGAAUCAAACGUAGAUCAGCAGAGACAACAGGGUCAACCGCGCAGUGGCGCUCCAAUCUACCUGUGCACCGAGAGUGGCCUGGGCUGGGCUCGACCGCCCCCUUCCUCCAACACCUCCCAGGACGGAAGUGCCGGAAGUGGGGGCAGCGGAGGGGGGGGAGGAGGAAGUGGCGGAGGCGGGGAGGGAGAUUACAUGGUGUUACCUCGUAGGACGGUCAGCCUCAAGCCUCCGGCGACCUCCUGCCACGGAGGGGGCCUGGGACUGGGGUGCGAGGACAAGCCUCUCAACAUUGCAGUGGACGACCCUCCGUUCCCCCCUCCCCCCUCGCCCUUGACCCUCCACCCAGCCGAAAGCGAGGCGUACCCGGCGGACUUUGUGCCGUCGAGCGUUGGCGACAUGAACAUCGCCAUGAACCUCAACCGCUCGUACGGGACAAUCAAAACCAUGCCCCACGGGCACGGCCACGUGAUGGCUCAGGGCGGCCUUGUGCACGCCCACGGAGGGCACAUGCACCCCCACGGGCAUUCGCUCCAGUUGAAGCCUGGACAGAGGCCUUCGGUCCGACAGAUUCUAACUGGGGGAACCACAGUGGAGAGAACCAGGACCCUGCCGCGCAACCUGGGAAGCACCAAUGCCAACAGCGGCCUCUCAGCGGGAUCACUGGAGAGGAAAAGAGUACGGUACUCUGAGCUGGACUUUGAGAAAGUGAUGCACACUCGCAAAAGACAUUCUGAGCUGUACCAUGAGCUCAACCACUCGUCCAAGUUCCACACCAUAGACAGGUAUAGCAGGGACCCGGCCAUGUCCACAUUCAAGAGGGAAAAGCGAUGGAGCAUUUCGUCUGCCGGAGGUGAAAAGAACUCGUCGAGUGACAAGUCCACCCCGGAGGACCAGAGCUCGUGGGACAGCUUCAAGACCAUGACCCCUGAGCUGUCCAUCGUGCCCGGGGAGCAGAAGGAUCGGUUGGAGCUGCACAAUAAGAACUGGGACUCGUCCUCCGCUAACACGCCUGACUCGUCCGAGGGAGACUUCCAGACUGAAGUGUGAAGACACACACACACACACACACGCUCACUUCGACACACACACACAUGCUCAUGCGGAGAGAAACAAUUGGGAAAAAAAGCGAUACAUAAGUACAUGAUUUCUUGCAAAGAUCUCACGACGCCACUGCUCCUCAUCUCCUGCAACGUGCCCUGCCGGAUCCCAUACUGUGUUUGUUUACUGACGGAGAGGACGGGCACAGAAAGAAGACUGUUCUACCCUAUAUUUUCGCAAAGACUAUUGAAAAGAAAGAACAGGGGCGUGACACGUCUGGGACCGAGGAACAUUUUUAAAUGAACUUAAACUAUGGAAAAAGAAAAAAAAAACUAUUUCUGACAAAAAUGUCUUGAUUUUAUUCUGGAGAAAAAUGAAAAUCUCUUUCAAUUGUUUGAUUUUGGGUGGGGGGGAAGGAAAAUAAUAUUUCUGCACUGUUCUGUUCUUUUUAUAGCAAGGGGGGUAAAAAAAAAAUCUCACUGAGGUUUCUCACACUGUUAUCCCCCCUAGGCACCCUGCUUUCAUGUAUUUCCUUUUCCCUUCUAAUGGAUGUUGGAAGCAUUCUAUCUCCUAUUCUGUCUUUCCUUUUUUUAUUUUAUUCCUUUUGGAUGCAAAGGGGGUGGGGACAACGGAAGAGCUGCUCAUUGAUAUGUGCCAUCCUCAUUGCUUCUUUUCAUCCAUCCAUCAUCCUUUGUGUAUUUUACUUUAUGUGUAUUUUCUACAGAUUUGUUCCAAGAAAUAUCAUCUAUGGAUGGAAACGUCUAAUGAAAAAAUAAUAUGAAUGAAGCAUCUGUUGAAGAAUUGAUUUAUUUUUAGACUAGUAUACUCAUGCUCCUGCUGCUAUUUGUGUCUUUCAAUUUUCUCUGAGAAUGAACCCAUGUGGAACUUUAAAAAACAAAAAAAAGAGGUUUUGGAUACACACAGCACAUAAAUGUGAGCCUACGUUUGAGGCAAUGAGUCCCGCAUGUUCUCCAGUCACGGGGAAAGAGAAAGAUAGUGAUCAAUUGCAGCAUCUCCUCCCCCCCAAGUCCUUGGAGAUAAAAGCCUUUAAAGAUUGCAGCAUCUGAAGCCAUUUCAGCCAUCACCAAUAACACUACAGAAGAGAAUAUCUUCAUCAUUUGCAGCCCAAAUGGAAUCUGUUUAAGCGCCGUUUAGCAUCACUUCAUCAACUUCUGCCGGUUCUACCUUUUUGAGUCAGUAUGUUUGCUUGUAGCGACCCACUGGGGGGGGGUUUCGAGCCAUUUUUUGCCAUGGAUUUGAGGCUAAACAUGCUUUCCUUUGCUUGCAUCCACCGACUCCUUCUCGUUCAUCCUUCCUCUGCCGCCCACCAGUCCUCAUUCUACCAGGAGGCAAGAAAUCGCAAUGUUAGCAGUGACGCCCGGAUUUAUAAUCUGCCUUUCCCGUGCAUCCCUCUCCAUGUGACUGCCACCUGCAUUUGUGAGCACAGCGGCUGCAGAUAGAGAGACUGAAAUAGAAAUACAGAGAUGGAGUCACAGAGGUUGUGAGGCUACAAGGUGGCAGACGGAACGGGGGGGGAAAAACAAAAAAAAUCUGGUGGCGAUGCCUUCUACUUGACAUUCUACAUCUGUACGUUGGUCGCUACAAGAGGACAACCAGUUUCCUUCUGUUGCUACAUUAGCAAAUCAGUCCUCCACACUCCGGCGGGGGGGAGAGUGUCACAGUGCAGGAUGAAUCCAACAAGAUGGUGUGAUAAGUUUUUCUGUCUAUGUUCAAAGCGGCGCCCGUUAAUCUAACAGGAGAAAGAGAUGGGAGACAAUUUAUGGAAUUUAAGUGCAAGAGAACGUGUUAUCCAGGAAAAGAAGAAGAAGAAAAAAAAACACCCCAAAAUAUAAAAUGAGACGCCAAGAGGCGGGCACAGAUGCAGAUUAAGAGGGGGAGUGCUCAAAGCAGUAAUUAUCCAGAGACGGCUAUUUGUCCUGACAUUUUCCAAUGCAGCCCUCAAACCAUCUGCUUAAAGAUCCCUAAUGUGGUAGUAGUUCUGCAUGGCGCAGAUGGUGAGACAAGAGUGCAGCCCUCCUGACCUUUCAAGCUAAUCAGCUGAUAGAACGUACAGCCCGCCGCCUCUCGGAGGAAAUAGAUAGGUUUGGCCCUCCCAGGUUGCGGAGCUGAGGUCACAUUCACCUGACCUUCUGCGGGGCUCGGGAUCCAGAUCUAAAUGUACGGUGUCUCCAAACUGCAAAAAAAAAAAAGAGCAUCCGGCCUGUCACAGUACAAGGUCUCAGUCAAUGGGUGUUGAUCUAUAGCAGUAGGAAACAUCAGUCUCAGGGGUAACAGAUUUAACCUUAACAUGAAAAAAUUGGGGGUUUUAUACAUAAAAUUGAACAUUUAGAGAGAAAAACCUCUACAAAGCCUUGUUCCCAUGGUAACUAAAAAAAAAAAAAGAGAAAGGAAUGUUUGACUUCAGCCCAAUAUGAUGUUUUUCUGUACUUGCCUCUAAUGGUGAGCUGGUUAGAUAGGAGCAGUGUGACAGCUCACGCCUCAAUGAGAACCUUCAGGACGCAACUAACUGACUUAUCAUCUUAUAACGUGUUUUCUGCAUUGAACUGGUGGGACGUGAAUGCUUAGAAAUUAAGUUGAUGCGGGAGUAUGUUGGUAAGUCAAUUUGUUUUCUUUCUUGUGUGUUUCAAUUCUGCCAAACUCGACAGCCCAUAAAAAAAAAAAUAAUAAUAUAAAGCCUAGCAAGUUUCCAAUGCCAGGCAGAUGCCAGCUCCAUAACCUCCACCUUCGCCUCCAACCUCUCACCCUUUGAUGCUUUGGUGUUUAACUGAAUGCUACAGCCAUCCGACACGACACUUGAUUUACUGCUGACAACCCCUCUUUUUCCUUUUCUCUCAUUUUCUUUUUUUUUUCUUUUUUUUUUUUUUUUUUAUACAUAAGAUUGUACAAAGUAGUCCUCUAAUGUUUUCAUAGUGUCUUUUUAUAUGAAAAUAAAUUUUCAAAUUGA